AUGGAACUGGAUAACAGCUCGCUGGACUACUUCACCAGCAACUUCACAGAGAUUCCUAAUACCACCACAACUCCACCCUGGAGUGAGGCCACGCUGCUGGGCCUGCAGAUCUCCCUGUCUGCACUGCUGGCUGUCGUCACCCUUGCUACUGUGCUGUCAAAUGCCUUUGUCAUAGCCACAAUCUUUCUGACCAGGAAACUCCACACACCCGCCAACUUCCUCAUUGGCUCACUUGCCGUCACAGAUCUGUUGGUGUCUAUUUUAGUCAUGCCCAUUAGCAUAGUCUACACUGUAAGCAAGACGUGGUCACUGGGCCAGAUUGUAUGUGACAUUUGGCUGUCCUCUGACAUCACUUUCUGCACGGCCUCUAUCUUACACCUGUGUGUCAUUGCAUUAGACCGCUACUGGGCUAUCACAGACGCGCUGGAGUACUCCAAACGCCGCACUAUGCGGCGGGCGGCAAUCAUGGUUGGGGUGGUGUGGGUGAUCUCGAUAUCGAUUUCCAUGCCUCCACUUUUCUGGAGGCAGGCCAAAGCCCACGAGGAGCUGACGGACUGCAUGGUGAAUACAGAUCAGAUCUCUUAUACCCUAUACUCGACCUUCGGAGCCUUCUAUGUUCCCACAGUGCUGCUCAUCAUCCUCUACGGACGGAUCUAUGUUGCCGCUCGCUCCCGUAUCUUUAAGACACCAUCCUCUGGGAAACGUUUCACCACAGCACAGCUCAUCCAGACCUCUGCAGGCUCGUCUCUAUGUUCUCUUAAUUCUGCCUCUAACCAGGAAGCACACCUACACUCUGGCACAGGGAAUGCAGGAGGUGGAGGAGGAGGGGGCGGAUCACCUCUGUUCAUGAACAGUGUGAAAGUGAAGCUGGCAGACAGCAUGCUGGAGAGGAAACGUCUGUGUGCAGCACGGGAAAGGAAAGCGACCAAGACACUGGGCAUCAUCCUGGGCGCAUUCAUUAUUUGUUGGCUCCCGUUUUUCAUCGGCACGCUCGUCAAGGCCAUAUGUAAAGAGUGCUGGUUUGAUCCAGUGCUUUUUGAUAUCUUUACCUGGCUGGGAUACCUGAACUCCCUCAUCAAUCCCGUAAUCUACACUGCAUUCAAUGAUGAGUUCAAACAGGCUUUCCAAAAACUCAUCAAAUUCAGACGAUUCACCUGA